GAUAAAAGGCAGUUCCACGAGUCAUCAUAGCAUCCUUGCUAGCACUAGCCUUCCUUUGCAGAAGAAAGAAAUAGCUACUGUCGCCACAGGAAACAAAAUCACGCAUGUGAGUCACCGAGGAGAGCUGCUAUAGGAGGUCACAAAAUACAGCCCCAGCUCUCUGAAGCAUGCAUCAAAAAUACAGUCAUGUUACACCCUUCUCAGGCAAAAGUCUGAGUUUCCAAUUAAGGAUUAGAACAAAGAUGGACAAAUAAGAAAAGUAUUGAGCAUAUCCAAGGAACCAGAAACCAGUAUGACAGAAAAUACGAGAUCCCUCAGAAACUUUUUUCUUUACAAGUGUUUGUUUGCAUUAACUUUUUGGAACCAUGUCAGCCUGUCUGUGGAAAAUGAACUCUUUACUUCUAACAAUUUUCCAGAAGAUAGCUAUGACAAAAAAAUCAAGAGCCUGCUACUCCUGUACACAAACAGGCAUCAGUCUGAAGCUAAUUUUGACUGGGUUGUGAUACAAAAUACUACAGAAAGCCUGUCCUUGUCAGAAAUCACAAAUGGCAAUGUAAAAAAAUUAAUAGCUUUAUUAUCUAAUUUCAGACAAGGAUCCAGGUUACAAAAUCUGACACUGACAAAUGUGUCAGUGGACUGGAGUGCUCUUGCUGAUAUUUUACAGACUGUAUGGCACUCAUCCAUUGAAUACUGCAAUAUUAAUGGUAUAACACAAUUGUCGGACAUUGAAAGCUAUGACUUUGACUAUUCAGGUACGUCUAUGAAAGCAUUGACAAUGAAGAAAGUUUUAAUCACAGAUUUAUACUUCUCACAAGAUAACCUAUACAAAAUAUUUGCAAACAUGAAUAUUGAAGCCUUGACAAUAGCUGAAUCAGAGAUGAUACAUAUGCUAUGUCCUUUGUUUGACAGUCCCUUUAGAUACUUAAAUUUUUUGAAGAAUGAUUUAACAGAUCUUCUUUUUCAAAAAUGUGACAAAUUAAUUCAACUGGAGACAUUAAUAUUGCAGAGCAAUAAAUUUGAGAGCCUCCUCAAGGUAAGCUUCAUGACCAGCCACAUGAAGUCACUGAAAUAUCUGGACAUGAGCAGCAACUUGCUGCGUCAUGAUGGAGCUGAUGAGCAAUGCCAGUGGGCUGAGUCUCUAUCAGAGUUGGACCUGUCCUCAAAUCAGUUGACGGAUGCCGUCUUUGAGUGCUUGCCAGUCAACAUCAAAAAACUUGACCUGCAAAACAAUCAGAUCGCCAGUGUUCCCAAGGGGAUGGCUGAGCUGAAGUCCUUGAAAGAGCUGAACCUGGCAUCCAACAGGCUGGCUGACCUGCCGGGGUGCAGUGGCUUUACAUCCCUGGAGUUCCUGAAUACAGAGAUGAAUUCGAUCCUCACCCCAUCUGCUGACUUCUUCCAGAGCUGCCCAAAGGUCAGGGAGCUACAAGCCGGGCACAACCCAUUCAGGUGUUCCUGUGAACUUCAAGACUUUGUCCGUCUGGAGAGGCAUUCUGGGGGGAAGCUGUUUGGCUGGCCGGCAGCGUACGUGUGCGAGUACCCAGAAGACUUGCGAGGGACGCAGCUAAAGGACUUCCACCUGACUGAGCUGGCGUGCAACACGAUGCUCUUGCUUGUGACAGCUCUGCUGCUAAUGCUGCUGCUGGUGGCUGUCGUGGCCUUUCUGUGCAUCUACCUGGAUGUGCCGUGGUACCUGCGAAUGACGUGGCAGUGGACGCAGACGAAGCGGAGAGCUUGGCACAGCCACCCCAAAGAGCAAGAGGCCAUUCUGCAGUUCCAUGCAUUCAUUUCCUACAGCGAGCGCGAUUCAUUGUGGGUGAAGAACGAGCUGAUCCCAAACCUGGAGAAGGGGGAGGGCUGCGUACAGCUGUGCCAGCAUGAGCGGAACUUUGUCCCCGGCAAGAGCAUUGUGGAGAACAUCAUUAACUGCAUUGAGAAGAGCUACAAGUCGAUCUUUGUGUUGUCUCCCAACUUUGUGCAGAGCGAGUGGUGUCACUAUGAGCUCUACUUUGCCCAUCACAAGUUAUUCAGUGAGAAUUUCAACAGCUUAAUACUCAUCUUGCUGGAGCCAAUCCCUCCGUAUGUUAUCCCUGCCAGGUAUCACAAGCUGAAGGCUCUCAUGGCAAAGCGAACCUACCUGGAGUGGCCGAAGGAGAGGAGCAAGCGUGCCCUUUUCUGGGCUAAUCUGAGGGCAGCUAUUAGCUAUAACCUGCCAAUGGCUGAUGCAGAGAGGUGUGGGGAAGCAGACUAAGAAUCUUUCUAAUGGAGUUUCUUCUGCUUUUUCUUAGUGAAGCAAUAAAUACUUUUUGAUUUCCA